AGCACUAGCAGAAGGCAGAACGGCAGGUGGCAGAAAGCAGAAGCAGAAGCGGUUAAUUAGAAUGGAAAGUAUCGACACUCCGAAAUUUGUUUUAAAAGAUGAUAGGGGAAGAAAGUAUCAUAAUUUACCGGGAACCAAAGUUGUGUCUAUUAAGGAUCAAGUUCUUAUCUCAAGUGGGGUGCUUUCUUUGGAUUCAUUGAUUGGAGGCGGUUUGCCACUAGGAUCUAUUUUUCUCAUUGAGGAAGAUGAAUUCGGUGUUUUCAGCAAAUACCUAGCAAAAUAUUUCCUUGCUGAAGGAAUCGCUUGUAAACAUUGCCUCUAUAUUGCCAGCAUUGAUUGUGACACACGACAAUUGGUGAAAGAUUUGCCCAGCCCUGUAGAAUUCUCAGUGUCUUCAAGAUCUUCUGAUCAAAAUGCUGAUGACCUAAAGAUUGCUUGGAGGUAUCGAGACACUCCGAUGGUGCAGUCAAGUCCGUCUUUGUCAGGAGCUCCUGUGUUCGGCCACAACUUUGACCUGACAAGUCCUUACAGCAAAGAGGUCCUUGACAAUGCAGAGAUCACUCACUGGCCUUACGACACAAACUGUGAGAAUCCGUAUUCUGCGCUUCUGUCAGACCUGUACAGCCACAUACAGAAGCAAGGUCACAGUGUGAAGCUCGCGCAGCCACGCAGGACAGUUCUGCGGAUCGUUCUACACAGCCUCGGUUCCCCGUUGUGGCCUCAGCCAGACUAUCUGCCUCGGUUUCUGCUCUCCCUUCGUCACAUGCUACAGGCUGCGUUUGCCUGCGUUCUAAUCACAUUAUCCACUGACAUGGUUGAGACAACAUUUCGAUGGAUAUUAGACGAUUCAACAGACCUUCCGCAGAUGAAAUUGCUGGAGUGUUUAAUUCAGAAGAAGGUGAACCUCCACACAAUCGUCAUGUAG